AUGGACAUGGACCAAGCCAAGCGAGUCAUCCUACGACUACAAGAAGCGGAUAUGAACUACAACGAUCCUUACGAACCUGUUCGAUUGUAUCUAGAGAAAAUGGGCCACUCGUUGCAACACUUGGACGAGAAUCAUCAUUUCAUUCACAUUCAACCUCCUAAUCCUGAUAUUCCCCAAAUCGACCCAAAAAUUCACGUUGUCAUUGAUUUUGAGACGGCUAAAUUUUCUGGUCCUGUCGAGGGCGAUUUUCCGCAUGAAUUUUACCGCGUUCGUCGAGAGGGGGGGGGGAAGCUGACGCUUGCUCGUUACCGGGAAUCAACCUGGUUUACAAAUUUUCAACAAAAGAUCCUGGUGGUCUUCAUCAUUGAAUCCGUUAUGUAG